UUAAAUAUAUUCCAACAGUUUACAGUAUUACGAGUAAUACAUCUGGAUAAGAUUCUCUUUAGAAUAUUUACAAACAUGAAGGUCUUUGUUUGUGUUUUGGCUUCAUUGGCCGUGGUCAGUGCAGGAGGUCAUGGUGGCUACUUACCCGGCGGCGGUGGUGGCAAAGGUGGCUUUGGAGGAGGAUUCAGUAGUGCUAGUGCCAGUGCUGGGGCCAUAGCAGGAGGAUUCGGUGGCGGCUUCGGUGGUGGUCAUGGUGGCGGCUACGGUGGUGGUCAUAGUGGCGGCUACGGCGGUGGUCAUGGUGGCGGCUAUGGCGGUGGUCAUGGUGGCGGCUAUGGUGGUGGUCAUGUUGCCACUUAUAAAGUGUCAGUUCCCGUAGCCACAUACACUAUUCCUGCAGCCUCUUAUGGCGGUGGAGCUGGCUGGGCCGGUAAAUCUGUUGGUGGCGGUUUCGGUGGUUCCGGAGGCUGGGCCGGCAAAUCUGUUGGCGGCGGCUUUGGCGGUUCUGGAGGAUUUGGCGGUGGUUCCGGAGGCUGGGCUGGCAAAUCUAUUGGUGGCGGUUUUGGUGGUGCUGGUGCUAGCGCUGGCGCUUUUGGUGGCUCCUCUGGCUGGGCUGGAAAAUCACUUGGUGGUGGAUUUGGUGGUGCCGGUGGUCUUGGCGGCGGUUCCGGUUGGGCUGGAUCCGGUGCUGGUGGUUAUGGCUCUGGUGCUGGCUGGGGUGGUAAAUCUGUUGGUGGAUUUGGUGGUGCUGGUGCAGGAGGCUUUGGCGGCGCAUCUGGCUGGGCUGGAAAAUCUGCCGGUGGAUUUGGUGGUGCCAAGGGUGGUUACGGUUCUGGAGCUGGUUGGGGUGGUAAAUCGCUUGGUGGCGGUUUUGGUGGUGCCGGGGGUCUUGGCGGCGGUUCCGCUUGGGCUGGUUCUGGUGCAAGCAGUUAUGCCUCCAGUUCAUCGUAUGGCAAAGGCUCCUCCGGUUGGUGGUAAAGCAACAAAAUGUGUACUUCCCCUCACAACUGUAUUUUAACUGAACUGCUAUCGAAUAAA